AUGUCAUUAUCACGUUUAGCCUUAGCCUGGAAACAAACACGUUUUCCAUGGCGAUCCAGAUUCUAUGUUGGUUCAGAUUUGGAUGGAAACGAAUACUACGAAACUAGAGUUUUAGGCAGUAGUAAUCGACCAAAGCGAAUGGUCGAUCUGAAACAACCGAAAAAAUAUAGUGAUUAUACGGGAGAUGAAAUACCUGUACAAUGGCAAAGUUGGUUAAGGCAUACACGAUUCGAUCCACCAACGAUCGAGGAACUCAAAAUAGCAAACCAAAGACGCGAAAUGAUUAUCGAACGAGCGAAUAAAUUGGAUCAGGAAUGGAAUGAGCGCAAACGGCAGCUACAAAAACAAAAAGCAGCGAAUGUUACACAGAACACAACGAAACCAACUACCACGCUCCCUUUGCUUGAUUAUCAACCAUCCGUUGCACCUAGCGAUACAUUUGAACCCGAAGAGUGGACGCCUGCUUCGAAGCGGGGUGGCGAAGGAGGAAGCGGUGGUAAAGG